GAUUGGUAGUGGCGCAUCGGCGGUGUUACCGACACAGCGGGCAGGAAUGGACAAACACGGCAGCUGUUCUUAGGAGCCCUCUGCGCCGCCAGAUAGUCGAUCGUGUUUCGGCUCGAUUAUGUGACCUGUGACCGGCUGAACCAGCAGAUUGGAACGCUGCCCACGAUAUGGCCAGCACCCAAUCAGCACGAAAUCUUCAGUCCCCUCCGCAGACGAGGGCCUUGAGAGCGAUGUUUGAGUGAACAGCGAGCGAACGAGUGUGAUCUGAGCGAGGCCGUGUGCGGUGGACAAUGUUGUUGCGGCUGUGGCGACGAUAAUAAUGCGCAUCAGGUAAUCACGUUGAGUUUGACCAUCGCACUUCGCCGUGCAGCGGUUGAGCGGAUGCACUCACCAGCCAUGCCGAGGCAGCGACGAGGAGGAGGCGAUCCAGGACGUCAAAGCUCGCUGCCGAGUAACCUCCGCUCGCUGCUCAUUGACAACCCUGAGCACGGGGGCCAGAGCGAUCAUCCAGAGGCCUCAACGAGCGGAGAACCAAGGGCAGGCUGGGAUCCGAGCUCGCGUGCGUUUCGCCCUGUUCCUUCGUUUCCUGAUCCCGAUUACAACGUCGGAAGCCUCGCGCCAGCUGCAUUCGAUGAAGGGGACAGGCGUAUAGGCGAUCUGCCCAGAAGAGGGCCCGCGGAGCCCAUCGAAACCUAUUCAGACGAUCCCUACCUCCGGCGACCCGCUGCGCCCCAGCUGCCCCCCUUGCAGUCUAUCCUGCCCGGAGGUACGUCUCCCACCGAGCCUGCGCUGCCUCCGCCCAGAAGCGUGCAUGGCUAUCCUCAACACUUGUCUUUGCCACCACCAGAGCCGCCCCGGCUGCCCACCCUGCGGCCCUACUGGGAGGGACAGGCGGGGCCGUCCAGCCAGCCGCAGAGGCUCCCUCCCGCACGACAUGGCUACUCCUACCCGAUGCCGCAGGCGCACGAGCCUGCGGCCCCGUACUCCCAUCCGCCACCCCAGCUCACCCCUGUCAGCUCAAGCUUCCCCCCGCCAGGAUCGCGCUACGGCGGACAUCACGAACUGGGCGGCGAGUAUCCCGUCGCGUCGUCCUCGCGCCAGCCGCUCCAGCCAUACCCAGAAAGCUACUCCUUUCCCCAGCCGGGGCCCAGCCGCGCGUACGAAGCGGGGCGCGGCCGCAUCCCAGAGGCGCGCUCCGAGUACGGCUCGCCCACCCUUGGGUACCUGCGCCGACACCUGGAACCGGAGGGCGGGGGCCACCCUGACGACCCCCGUCGAGGACGCUCGCUGCCGCCGCGUCGCUCAGCUGGAGCAAGCGGCUCGAGGCCCCUGCCGAGCCGCUUGCUCGAGCCUGAGGAUCGGGGACUCUAUCCGUUGCCCCACGCCCCGCCCUUGCCGUACUCGCGCGGCUCGCCGGUCACCGCAGAGCGGCCGGGCGAGGGCGAGAGGCAGCUGUCGCCCGUCGAGUUUCGAACACGCCCGGGCAGCAGGCGCUCGGUCAGCCCUUCAGAGCGUCGGACGGCCCUGCCCAUCCCCGAAGCGGAGAGGCCACCGUUGCAGAGUAAGUUGGGACGCCUCAGCAGUGCAGACACCCUUUUGAUCUGUGUCCGAUGGCAGGAUACGAAAGCGUGCCGGAUUUUCGUGCGCCUUCUGGCCCUGGGUUCGGACACGGCGCUCGUCCGCCCUUCCCGCUCUCCUUCCAGAGCUCUACACAAUAUGAUCCCGCCACAAUGGCACCCCGAUAUCCGCAGGAGCGCGGCUGCCA